UAGGAGAAGGGAGAAAGCAGGGGGGCUGCAGGGUGGGGUUGUCCCCGCCGGCAGGGCUGAGCGCGGUCUCGGCGGGCGCUGGGUGACAGCGUGGCCGUCUGUCUGUCUGUCCGUCCGUCCGUCCGCCGUCGAUGUCCCCCGGUCCGCGCCCUCCGCCGCAGCCUGCAUGCUCGCCCUGGGUGGAGCGGUCUUCUUUGUCGAGCCGGGACCUGCUCUCCUUUCCCGUUCGAGCAGAAGAGGAGCUAUAGCGAGGAAAUAAAAAAACGAGCCCGAAUUAAUGUUUGAGAAGUUCGGGUGCGGGAGAGUCUGGAUUUUUUGGCUUCUUGGAGAAACAAUAGAAAAUGCAAAACGAAAUAAUAAAGCCUGCUAAAUACUUCUCAGAAGUGGAGAAGAGUGUGCUGCUUGCAUUAGUUGAAAAAUACAAAUACGUGCUUGAAUGUAAAAAAAGUGAUGCAAGAACCAUUGCUCUGAAACAACGUACCUGGCAAGCACUAGCCCAUGAAUAUAAUUCACAGCCCAGUGUAUCACUGCGAGACUUCAAACAGUUAAAGAAAUGCUGGGAAAAUAUCAAGGCACGGACAAAAAAGAUAAUGGCACAUGAAAGGCGGGAGAAGGUAAAAAGAAGUAUUAGUCCACUUAUAAAUACUCACAUCAUAGGGAAAGAGAAGAUUGCCAGCAUAAUGCCUGAGCAAAUGUACUUUUUGCAGAGCCCACCAGAAGAAGAUCCUGAAUAUCAGCCUGAUGCUUCUAGUCAAGAGUCAUUUGUUGUCUCAAAUAGAGAACUUUGUGAUGAAGAGAAAGAGCUGGUCCAUUUCCCAGUGUGUGAAGGUACCUCCCAACCUGAGCCUUCAUGUUCUGAUGUCAGAAUAGCAGCAGAUAAGAACUACAGAAGUAAAGCAUCUCAGGAAAGUGCUCUGAAAAAGAUGCAUGAGGAAGAACAUCAUCAGCAAAUGUCAAUUUUGCAACUGCAAUUAAUCCAAAUGAAUGAAGUUCAUGUGGCAAAAAUACAGCAAAUAGAAAGAGAGUGUGAGAUGGCCGAAGAGGAACACAGGAUAAAAAUGGAAGUGCUAAAUAAAAAGAAAAUGUAUUGGGAGAGAAAACUGCAGACCAUCACAAAAGAAUGGCCUGUAUCAUCCUUUAACAGACCCUUUCCUAACUCACCCUAAUUCAAAGGGGCAGAGAAUCAGUCUGACUAAGCACAUUUCUGAGUAAUGCGCACUGGAAAGAGGGUUUUUUAAUGUGAAUGUACAGGGACAGGAUAGGUGCCCAGCUGGUAGUGAACACACUUUGACUCUUCACUUUUAGGGAAACAGUAGUUGAGUCCACCAAGGGGAAAAUCGUAUUGUUCAUUUGUAGGUGGUUCUGAUUUGUUUAACUUUCAGACAUGCACAGUAUUCUAAAAUGUGAAUAUAUUUCCCCCUCUCAGAAUACUCUAACAUUCUUUUGAAAUUUAAGGUACUCCAGGUAUUCUUACAUUGGGUGCUUAUAAGAAAAUGGCUUUAAACAUCAGGUUGCAGUGUUUAUUUUUAUUUCCAGCUCUUCCUAUUUACCAUUUCCCAAAUGAAGGCAAGGGUUGGAGUUGCUCUCUGGUAUUGAGACAAAAGGUGACUGACAGGUAUUGUUUGGAUUGUUAUGCUGGGGCUUAGGGAAAAGACCUUGUCUGUGGUUAAUAUAGUUCAUAACUUACUCUUCACAGAAGAUGUGAAAAUUAAGGAAGGUGCACAAGGACCACUGUAGUAACUGAUCCCUUUGCUUGUGAAGAACAGUAGUAUUUUCCAGCUGACAGGCUGUUUGAGCAAAUGGUUGUGGACUGGCCCUCCAGUUGUUUGAGCCUUGACCAUUAAGAAGUUGGAAAGAAGGUGACUUCUUCCUCAAAAGCCAUUGUGCUUGUCCUCUCCAGGCCCAUCUUGUAUUCAACUAGAAUACCAAAACAGGUCGUGUGCUGCUGCCAACACUGUGCACUGUUCACUUGGAGUCAUUCUGAGGGGAAGAGCUUUUCAACAAUUAAUAAAGCUCUUAAAAUGUAGCGAGCCAGCCAAUCCGUUGGCUAUACUUGAUGGUGUAGCAGGAGUAUUUCAGCCUCUCCCUAGCUACAAGAAAAAAAUAAGGCUCAUCCUCUUUACCUGCACAUAGGGUGGGAAGCAGUUCAAGGAAAUUGUUCCUGUCUUGGAGCACUGUUCUCUUUUGUUCUGUCCUGUGUGUUACAGUGAUAUGUUUCUUGCCUUUGUUGUCAAUAAGGGAUGAUGGACAUGAUUUGUAAGAAAACAUUCACAUGGAGGUCCCCACAGAGUUUGGGGGCCUGGAAUAGUAGUUAGUAGGAGAGCACAAAUAAGGGUAAUCCUUCCCCAGGCAAUCAUUUAGUCUAGUGGGGCAAGGGUUAAGAAAAUGUGAAAUACAGAACUCCGCAAAGAUUCCUAAGAACCUCUGAUGUGUGAAAAACUGUUUUACAGGAAGGUGUACAACUAUCAUUUGAAGCAGUAAGAAAAAUGAACAACAUUUUCAUUGAAAAACCUGAGCAUCCCGUUAUUCAAUAAAGUAUUUUCAGAUCAUGAUUCAUGAGGGCAAGUCCUUACAGUGAGCAACAUAUUCAAGUUAGGGUACGUUACAAAACAUACUGUUCUUCCCUGUUACACUCCCAUCUCUUCCCUACAUGUUCUUUCUGGUGGAGUUUCUUUUGGGUUUGUUUGGGAAGUGGUAGUGGGGUUGUAUUUUUUACUAGAAGGGCUUUCCCUGCUGGUGAUUCAUCUUUGCAAGCACUGCCAUUAUCAGCCACAGUCCUCACUGUGGUUAACGCUGUGGUACGUGCAGUGCUCCCUUCCAUGUGCUAACACAAGCAAAUGCAAUGGCAGUGAUUUAUUGCAAUUUAUUUUAUAUGUCAGAGAAAAAAAGAAUUGCAGAGCUGUUUCAAGAUCAAAAAAAAAAAUAGGCCAUGUAUGAAGUCCAAAGACAGAUCUUUUUGACAGCAAAUUCAAAUUCAGUUUUCUUAUAAAUUGGCUGUAUGACUGAAGCACAGGACUUCCAAAGAAGGAUGUCAUUAUGGACGCUUUUUUCUGCUGAAUGGCAACACUUUUGGAAGGUAGGACAAUCCUGUAUAAUAGCAGUAGAGGCAAAAGAAAGAAGUAAACAGGAGUGAAGACUUUUUUGUUCUGAGGUUGCAUUCUGUGGUCUGGAAGAUGAGUCAAUUAUUUGAGUGGUCAUGACAGUUGUUCAGUCACCAUCCAGAAAAAAGGAUAGCAAAGACAUUUCUCUUAACCAGUGAUGGGAUUCCUUCCACAUUGCUUCUAAGUGAAAGUAAUUUGAAACUAUGACAUUGAAACCAUGUAUAUUAAGGUGUCAAAAGGUGCUGGAUGGAGACAAUUUCAGCACUGUGAAGAGAGCAAGAAUGGAGAGACAAUCGAGGUGUAGAGAGCCCUGUGAGAAGGUACAAAAUAGGCCAGGGAGAAUGUCAUGAUAGGUGAGAUAAAUGUAGAUUUGACUCCUGAAAGUUAUACCAUUGCUUAUGAAAGAUUGUUUUAUUUUUAUAUUAAAAUAUAGUUUAAAAUAUGCAUGUUUUCAGACUGUACUAAGUGGGCAAUGCCUUGCAUUUUGAUAUAUAUGCUUAUUCUGACACCAAAAGUUACAGCUUGUAGGCUGAACAGUAGACCCUUUUAGUUCAGCUUCCAUUUAGAAGAAAGAAUAUGAGAGGAGAAAAAAUAGAAAGAGUAAAGAUGAAGAUAUGAAAGAAAGAAUGCUCAGUACAUGCAUAGAGGGGAUGGGAAUGUCAACCUAACACAAAUGAUACAAGAGGCUUUUCUGGUCCAGGUAAUAGAUGUCUUACUGGCGACACAGGCUUUUGCUUUCCCAGCUGUGUCUGACUCUUGGGUGAUAGACACAGAAAAAUGUAAAAUAUCAACAAGAUGAAGUAAUGUGUCUCCUUGCCAGGCUUUGGCUUCUCCAUCUAAAGGCUUUAUAAAAAGUGAUUGGUGGGGGAGAGUUUAAACAACUUGAAAAAUGUGGCUUUUACCAUUUUUUUGCAAUUACUUCCUCUGCUGUUAGGAUUUAUCUUUUCUUUUGUUUGAUUUUCUUCUAUUUACCAUAUACAUCUCAGACAGUAUGUCCAUUUGUUCUUCUCCCUUUCUUCUAGCUUACAUCAUUCAGAUACUUGCACGUAAUUGUGCUUUCCUGUUAACCAUUUGGCCAAGCUAUAUAGGUUAUUUUUGCAAGGUUUUUUUCAUAUAUAAAAUACAGCAGUAUUUUAAGAACAACAACAUGUCUGUUCUUCUCUGGAUUUGUUAUACAAGUUGUUGGCAGGAAUAAAAUUAAAAGAUAUAUGGGGUAAAAUUAUCCCUACCUAACUUCAUAAGAGAAAUAUAUAGCAGACAUGUUGUGGCCGUUGUUCUCAGCCUCUAUGUUCUUAUGAAGAGAAACUAAGACCUUCCAGCCAAGAUCUGUUGAAUUCCUUUACGCUCCCAAAAAUGACCCUAGCCUGGCUCCAAGUGCUGUCUCUCCUUGGAGAGCUGAUACAAUCUUUUUUAUUUGUUGAUAUUUUUUUCCUGCAUUUCUUCCUUAUGUCUGUGUUCCCCCUUAUUUUUUUUAACUAGCAAUAUGAGCAGGGGGUUUCAUCCAGAGGUCCGUGUUUUGCUCUUUCCUUUCUCUUGCCCAGAUUGCCUGUUAUCACAACACCUGAGCAUGAAAUGGGUGCUCCUCACAGUCGUCAUCUUCUCCUUCCAUGGGAAGCAUGUUUAGUAAGCCUGUUCUACACAGCUGCUCAAGCAUUCUUGACUCUGCACAGAGACUGGGAAACAGAGGAUUUUGAAGAGAGGGUAGUGUAGAGAAAGGGCUGAAUAGAGAAGAGCACCUUCUCCAUUCCAGCUCUAUGAAUUCUGGGAGGACAGUCUGUGACCACUAAGUCAUUCAUCGGGAUCAGAGCUAAUGCAGGAUGCUGUGUAAGUGGUUCCAAUUCUUCAUUAAUCUUUGGGGUUCUGCAGAGGUUAAGUUUGAGGCUUUCUGAUAACAAAGUUCCAUCUUUCUAGGUAGUGGAAGAGUCUCAGUGGAAGAUUUUCACAGAUAUUUCCUCAAAUUUGGGCUCUUACCUUGACAAAGAAAUAACCCAUCCUGCAAUCUAUUAUACUACUUCUCUCAACACCCAGGCUGCUGUGCCACAGGAGCAAGGGAUCUCACUGCCUGACACAAAUCCUCUCUGUGAUGCUCUUUCUUCCAGUGCAGAGAUGUAUUUAGGCAGAGCUGAAAGACACAGCCCUCCUGGCCAGGCACUGCUGAGAGAAGCAGUCCUUACCGGGGCCGGGGCGGCCGCUGUGGCUGGGCUCAGUGCUCAGACCACAAGGCUGAAGUAGUCCCGUUGCAGCCCUGUGAGCAGAGAAAGGAAGGGUGCCUCGGGGCUACCCUUUUCUGAGUUAUACCACGACUGGGGCAGCUGAGGAUGUUGUCCUGAAUUUUACUUAAUGGGCAUUUAUCUUUGUGUGUUUCCAAUACCAAAUUGGCAGUGUCCCAAGGAUUUGUAUGAUUACAAAGAUGUUUUUCAAUGACGUUUUGCAGAUUUUUUUAUUCGCAGGUUGUAGCUACAGUGGCUUUUAUGAUCCGUCCUCCUCCUUCUCCCUCACUUGCAUUGUAACGCUUCCGGUUUCAUUCUGAGUCUCUGUGGUUACAGUCUGUACAACCCGAUACCCCUGCAGUGUCAUAUUUUCAGGUAUUUUUCUCACAAUGUCAUUGAAAUGAUAAACUGCUUCACAUCUAUAUAUGGUUACUUUGGGGGCAGGUGAAUUACGCGCAAAUCUUAAAAAAUUAUCUUAAUUGUAUUUUUUUCCAGGCAAGUAAAGUCACUUGCAAGUAGUCCUGUGAUUUCAUAUUUUGAGCUAGCUUGUUCAAAGCUAUUUUUAUCACUGAUGCAUCUUAGUUGUUUUCCUAAGAUAAUUGCCUGUCUUUUUGCAUUAUUUUUCUGUUUCUUCUCAAAGCAGCUGACUGGAAACUCACACAUCAUCACUCUUCCUGACCUUUGUCUCUAGUUAGAUAUUCAGAAAUGUUUCCAUGCAAAGUAAGUACUAAUGUGUGCUAAAAUUAAUACAUUUAGGCUAAUAAAAUAAACCAAGUAACAAAAUGAUAGGAUAAUAUGCAGCGUCUGUUAAUAUAAUCUUAAAAACAUUAUGGAGGAAAGAAGACAAUUUGUUGCCAUCUAUAAGAAUAGGAUAAUAAUGCAUUUUUACAGUAAAAACAAGUAGCGAUCUCUGUUUCCAGUAUCACAGAUUAACUUCUGUGUUGCUGAUUUACAAGUGACUUUGCUUCUUAGAUUUUUUUAAAUUUUUUUUCCAUGCUAUUACAUGAAACGGCUUGAUUCCAUUAUCUGUAAAGAAGGUGCACAUAGAAACAUGCACAGAUUUCUGGGCCUAAAACAAGAGCAAUAAAAUAGAAAAGUACUAGCUGUGGCUCUGAAUAUUUUACUAUUCUGGUGGUAAAGGUUUUAGGCAUCCCACACCACCAUCAGUUAUGUUAACAGCACUGAACAAAUUAAAAACUUGAAAAGGCAAAAAAAAGGGCUGGAAUGUCUUUUAGAGUGAGUCAGAAGUGAAGACAGCUCUUAGCUGUCCUAGGAGGUAACACCGUCAUAUAUGUUGAACAAUUCUCCAGCAUGGUCUUCACCUUCCCUGAUCACUCUUUCCUCCGAGACUCUGGACACGUCCAUCAUACCAUUCCCAGCUCCAAGUGCCUGACAAUAAAAAAAGUAACCACAUCAAUUAGGAAUCCAACCACAGUUAUUAGACCUAACUCUCUACUAAACUGAAGUUGGACAAUUUUCUCAGACUGUGGAAAGGCAUGUGAAAUUUGUCCAGCACACGGUCUGCCAAAUGGCACAGGCUGUACAGCAAGGAAAAUGAAAAGGUUGUGCAUCGCAUCUGGUUUAUAAAACUGUUAUAUUUGUGAGGGUGUGUGGAUGCAUCUCACUGGAUGGUCAACAUCUUUAACAGCAAGAAUCAAGAAGUAUUUUUGCCAAUUUUCUAAUUCAUCCUAGUCUAGAUUUCCCAAUCUGUCAAAACAACCUCAGGAAAAAAAAAAAAAAAAAAAAAAAAGGAAAAAAAUAGAAUUAA